GUCAGACAUCCCCUUCCCCGUUUCAAUCGCGACCACGCGCUCGCAGCCGCAAUCGACUCGACCCGGCCCGACCGAGCUCCCCGUGCCCAACAAACCCUCACAAUUACCAGUUCCCCAUCGCCGACGCCGUACACCGGAGCUCGACCGCUCCGCGUGGUGUCCGAUUCUACUUCGUCGAAGACUACAAGCGGCCUCCUAGAGUUCCACCUCAACUGCGCAGGGGAAGGGAGGCUCCCAACGCAUCCCCGCCGACCUCAACGCCGACGGUCCUUUCCUAACCCGCAGCCGCCGGCCGCAGUCUCUCUCUUCUGGUCCAGUGGGGGCUGCUAUCUUCCAGGAAUAUUGGAGAUGUGCCUUCAACACUCUAGGGCUCGAUUGUCUCCAGAUGAGCAACUUGCUGCAGAAAAAAGUUUUGCCUUGUAUUGCAAGCCAGUUGAAUUGUACAAUAUUAUCCAGAGGCGAGCUAUUAAAAAUCCACCUUUUGUUCAAAGAUCCCUUCUUUAUAAGAUACAGGCAAGGAGAAAAAAGAGGAUUCAGAUAACUGUAUCACUUUCUGCAAGUACAAAUACACAAGCACAGAAUAUCUUUCCCCUUUAUGUACUUUUAGCUAGACCUACCAGUAAUAUUUCGCUUGAGGGGCAUUCUCCGAUAUAUCGAUUCAGUAGGGCUUGUUUGCUUACAAAUUUUAGUGAAUUUGGAAAUAAAGACAAAACUGAAGCCACAUUCAUCAUCCCUGAUGUGAAGAAUUUAUCAACCUCCCGUGCUUGCAACCUUAACAUUAUAUUUAUUAGCCGUGGGCAAGUAGGACAAAUUAUUGGUGAAGAUAGCUGUUCCGGGAAUGAUGUGGAAGGAUCUUCCCUCCAAAAGCUUGAAGGGAAAUGUUCCUGGGGUAAAAUGCCGACUAAUUUACUUGCGCCCUCUUUGGAGAAAUGUGUGACUUUAAGUACAGGAAAUGCUGUGGAUUUGACUUCUACAGUUACAAUGAACCCAAGCUUCUUAGAGCCAAAAUUUCUGGAACAAGACAGUUGCUUGACAUUUUGCUCUCAUAAGGUUGAUGCUACGGGUUCAUACCAAUUACAAGUAUGCAUAUCCGCAGAAGAGGCUGGCGCAAGAGAAUUACUUUUAUCUCCUUAUUAUUGCAAUUACUCAUAUAAUAAUGUCCCACCUUCUCUAUUACCAGAAAUCAUAAGGUUGAGAGCUGGAAAUGUACUUUUUAAUUACAAGUACUACAACAAUACAAUGCAAAAGACUGAAGUUACUGAAGAUUUUUCCUGCCCAUUUUGCUUGGUACCAUGUGGAAGCUUCAAGGGCCUAGGAUGCCACUUAAAUUCAUCACAUGACCUGUUCCACUAUGAGUUGUGGAUAUCUGAAGAGUGCCAGGCUGUGAAUGUUAGUCUGAAGGCUGAUGCCUGGAAAACUGAGUUUGUGGCAGAGGGAGUUGAUCCAAGGCAUCAAACAUUUUCCUACUGCUCGAGGUUUAAGAAGCGUAGAAGGUUGGAAACCACAGCUGAGAAAUUCAGGCAUGUUCACCCACAUAUUAUGGAAUCAGGAUCACAUGAAGAUGCCCAGGCAGGGUCUGAAGAUGACUAUGUGCAAAGGGAAAAUGGGCUUUCUGUAGCAAAUACUUCAGUUGACCCUAGUCAGCCUGUACAUGGGAGCAAUCUUUCACCACCAACAGUGCUACAGUUUGGAAAGUCAAGAAAACUAUCUGCCGAGCGAUCUGACCCCAGAAACCGACAACUGUUGCAAAAGCGUCAGUUCUUCCAUUCACACAGGGCACAGCCAAUGCCAUUGGAACAAGUCCUCUCAGAUCAUGAUAGCGAAGACGAGGUUGAUGAUGACAUUGCCGACUUUGAGGAUAGACGGAUGCUCGACGAUUUUGUUGAUGUUACAAAAGAUGAGAAGCUUAUUAUGCAUAUGUGGAAUUCAUUUGUUCGAAAGCAAAGGGUGCUAGCCGAUGGUCAUAUACCGUGGGCAUGCGAGGCGUUCUCCAGAUGCCAUGGACAACAGCUUGUACAAAACCCUGCCCUGCUGUGGGGCUGGCGUUUCUUCAUGAUUAAACUCUGGAACCACAGCCUUCUUGACGCCCGCGCCAUGAAUGCUUGCAACACAAUCCUUCAAGGCUACCAAGACGGAAGUGCGGACCCCAAGUAAAUCUACAAUCCAGAGAAAUCGUUGGCCAGCGUGUGUAAGAUCUGCCGGUUCCGGCGGUUAUUUCUGAACCCCAAAACAGCUAUGUGAAGAACUGGAAUGGGGCCAUAGCGGCAUUUGUUUUAAGGUUUAGGGUUACUCCAUUUUUCCAAGGGAGGAAACUAAUUUCCCUUGGAAAAAUGAAAAUCCAUUGGGAAAAAUGAGUUUCCCAAACUAGCCAUUAAAAGGGUAGCUUCCUCCCACCUAGGGGGAAAAAAACUAGGAGGGAAAAGCUGGAUCCUUGGCCGAGACAAUCAUCAUUGCUUCAUUCGUGAUUCGGUUGUAUUUAUCGGUACCAGUUGUUGUUGGCAUGUGGAGUUUGUAUGGAUGAUAAUGAUAAAUGAAGUGAUUCACUGC